GCUUCUAGAAGCAAUGACCAUCAUCAAAUGCUCCGAAAGCUAUAAAACCGCAACUUCUUUCCAUCUAUUUCUAUUUUUAGAAAAUCUCUGAACUCUGGAGUUUCAUCUCUUCAUUGCCUUUUAUUUUUUUCUCUCCCACUGCUAAGGUUAGGGUUCCGAUCGUCGCUCAGAAGAUGGAAAGCCUCGAUUCGUCGAUGCUAGCUCGCGGUCGAUUGGCCGUUCUCUCCGCGCAUCUGUCCGCCCCUUCUUCCAACGAAUUUUCGACGGUCCUAGAAAGUUCCUGCGUUUCAGCUCAGCAGAUCGUGCCGCCGCCGGGGAAUCUGAGCGGUUCAUUGACGGUGAUUGAUGGACGGACCGGGAAGAAGUACGAACUCCAGGUGUCGGAGGAAGGGACAGUGAAAGCUAUUGAUUUUAAGAAGAUAGUGACAGGAAAGUAUGACAAAGGGCUUAAGCUUUAUGAUCCAGGGUAUCUCAAUACUGCCCCAGUCCGUUCAGCAAUAUGUUAUAUUGAUGGAGAUGAGGGCAUUCUUAGAUACAGAGGCUACCCUAUUGAGGAGUUAGCUGAGAGCAGUUCAUUUCUCGAGGUGGCCUAUCUUUUAUUGUAUGGAGAUUUGCCUUCUCAAAGUCAGUUUGCAGACUGGGAGUUUGCAGUUUCUCAACAUUCUGCUGUUCCUCAGGGCAUUUUGGAUAUUAUUCAGGCGAUGCCCCAUGAUGCACACCCAAUGGGUGUGCUUGUCAGUGCGAUGAGUACUCUUUCUGUGUUCCAUCCAGAUGCCAAUCCUGCCCUAAGGGGUCAAGAUCUUUACCAGUCAAAGCAAGUGAGAGAUAAGCAAAUUGCUCGCAUACUUGGAAAGGCACCAACAAUUGCAGCAGCGGCAUAUUUGAGGAUGGCUGGAAGGCCUCCAGUUCUUCCUUCGAGCAACCUUUCUUAUUCAGAGAACUUUUUGUAUAUGCUGGACUCAUUAGGCAACAGAGCUUACAAACCCAAUCCUCGACUUGCUCGAGUUUUAGACGUCCUUUUCAUACUCCAUGCAGAGCAUGAAAUGAAUUGUUCCACAGCUGCUGCAAGACAUCUUGCAUCGAGUCGUGUUGACGUCUACACUGCCCUUGCUGGAGCUGUUGGAGCUUUGUAUGGUCCCCUCCACGGUGGAGCAAAUGAGGCUGUCCUUAAAAUGCUAAGUGAGAUUGGAACAGUCGAGAACAUUCCAGAGUUCAUUGAAGGUGUGAAGAACAGGAAGCGGAAGAUGUCCGGUUUUGGACAUCGCGUCUACAAAAACUAUGAUCCCCGUGCCAAGGUCAUACGCAAAUUGGCAGAGGAAGUCUUCUCCAUUGUUGGGCGGGAUCCUCUCAUUGAGGUAGCAGUUGCAUUGGAGAAGGCUGCUUUGUCAGACGAGUACUUUGUCAAGAGGAAGCUUUAUCCAAAUGUUGACUUCUACUCGGGCUUAAUCUAUAGGGCAAUGGGUUUUCCAACGGAGUUCUUUCCUGUUUUGUUUGCAAUCCCCCGAAUGGCUGGCUACUUGUCACACUGGCGAGAAUCGCUUGAUGAUCCGGAUACAAAGAUCAUGCGGCCGCAGCAGGUGUAUACUGGCGUUUGGCUCCGACACUACAUGCCUCUGAAAGAGCGUUUAACCUCAUCUGAGGCUGACAGGCUCGGUCAGGUUUCAGUCUCAAAUGCUACCAGGCGGCGCCUGGCAGGGUCCGCUGUGUAAACUUCCCAGCCAUUUAGUUUACCAUGUUAGAAAAUAAACAUAUCCCUCUUUUGGCUCUAGCAAUACAUUGCAGCUGUAGAAGUCAAGAUUUGAAGCUGGGAAUCCAAUGAUUUUGUGAGCCAAUAAAAAUAAGAGAAUAUGUAUGUUGGACGUGCAUCUCUUAGAUGAAUGUUAUUUGUAAUGUUGCAAAUGAUCAACAGAAUAUAACAAAUGACAAUUGUUCCAGUUUA